CGUUUUCAAAGUCGUAAUGGCUACUCUUGUAUUGUGAAGCUCGAACAUCCGUGGACGAGUACCGUGUAUUGUUUAUUUUGAAACUCAGUUGGUGGGAAAAUUGCGAUGAAGGUGGUAAAUUUGAAACAAGCCAUACUCCAAGCGUGGAAAGAGCGAUGGAGCGAUUACCAGUGGUCCAUAUACAUCAAGUCCAACUUCCCAAAAGGAGCGACAUGGGAAUAUCUCAAUCUUGCAGAAGCCCUGAUGGAGCAGGCAAUGAUCGGCCCAUCUCCCAACCCGCUGAUUUUGUCGUAUCUUAAAUAUUCCAUAAGCUCUCAGAUGGUGUCACACUCAAGUGUCCUCACAGCCAUUAGCAAGUUUGAUGAUUUUUCACGGGAGCUAUGCGUCAAGUCACUUUUGGAAAUAAUGGACAUGUUCUGUCACCGUCUCAGAUGCCAUGGUAAAGCAGAGGAGUGUAUUGCAUUGUGUCGUGCACUACUCGGGGUGGUGGUGUGGCUACUGCAAGGGAGCGCCUGGUACUGUGAGAAACUGCGGGAACCGGGCCCAAUGACCAGCACAGAGGCCUGUUUAUCAGCCUGCCAGGACAGACUGCACAGUCUAAUCAAAAGCUCCAAGAACAGAUCGCUGGUUCACAUCGCACGUCUGGAAGAACCAGGUUCCUGGAGCUGCGUAGAACAAGCAAUGCUUAAAGUGACAGAUGGACUGAGUGCAGUUUCUAACCAGGCACUGAGAACUAAAUUGGAAGAUGGAUUGAUGUUGGUGAAAGGUGUCACUCAGUUGCUGACUGAGUCAAGCAGCCAACCAUCCCAUGCGUCCUUCCCGUCAAUCCAUGCUUUCAUCAUGCUGGAAGGAACCAUGAACCUGACCGGGGAGACUCAGCCUCUGGUGGAGCAACUGAUGAUGAUUAAGAGAAUGCAGCAAGUCCCCACUCCACUCUUUGUGUUGGAGAUCUGGAAGGCCUGUUUUACAGGUCUUAUUGAGUCUCCUGAAGGCACAGAGGAACUGAAGUGGACGGCCUUCACAUUUCUCAAGAUCCCUCAAGUUUUGUUGAGGCUAAAGAAGUAUCCACAAGGGGACAAAGGACUGGACUUCAUGGAGGAUGUAAAUGUUGCAUUCCAGUAUCUACUGAAACUCACACCACUGCUGGACAAAGCUGAUCAAAGAUGCAACUGCGACAGUCUGGGCAUGCUGCUGCAGGAGUGUCACAAGCUCGGCCUGCUGUCGGAAGCCAACACGGCCAAUCUCACAUCACAGCGGACGGAGGACAGGGAGUUUGCCCCAAAGCUAAAAAUAGCUGAAAAUGACAUCAUCCAGCCGAACCCGGGUCUCAUCCUGCGAGCUGAACCCACUGUGACAAACAUCCUGAAGACUGUGGAUGCAGACCACUCAAAGUCGCCCGAGGGCCUUCUGGGAGUGCUGGGGCACAUGUUGUCUGGCAAGAGUCUUGAUCUCCUUCUGGCUGCUGCUGCGGCCACUGGAAAAUUGAAAUCGUUUGCACGGAAGUUCAUUAAGCUCAAUGAGUUCCCCAAGCACAUCAGUGGAGAAGGAUCCAAGUCUGCGUCUGUUCGAGCUCUACUGUUUGACAUAUCCUUCCUCAUGCUGUGUCAUGUGGUCCAGACAUAUGGCUCUGAGGUAAUCCUUUCUGAACCCAGUCCUUCAGGGGAGACACCAUUUUUUGAGACCUGGCUACAGACGUGUAUGCCUGAAGAGGGAAAGACCCUCAACCCUGACCACCCCUGCUUCAGGCCCGAGCCCGGCAAGGUGGAGAGCCUGGUCACCCUGCUGAACAAUUCCUCAGAGAUGAAGCUGGUUCAGGUGAAAUGGCACGAGAUCUGCCUCAGCACCCCUGCAGCCAUCCUGGAAGUUCUGAACGCAUGGGAGAAUGGCGUACUUUCUGUGGAGGCGGUACAGAAGAUCACUGACAACAUUAAAGGGAAAGUGUGCAGCAUGGCGAUCUGUGCUGUCGCCUGGCUUGUGGCGCAUGUGCGGAUGUUGGGGCGCGAUGAGCGGGAGAAGCCACAGACCAUGAUCAGACAGUUGGUGACCCCUUUGUAUGGGGAGAACACACUGCAGUUUUACAGCGAAAGGGUAAUAAUAAUGAGCUCCAUCAUGGAGCACAUGUGUGCCGACGUCUUCCAACAGACAGGUGCCACUUUGCGCUCACCAGUGGAGGGUCAGGAGCCGAUUCCUUAUCGCAACUUACUGCCAGCCAAGGAACCCAUUCACUUGGCUCUCAGCAAGCAGUUCCAGACGGUGCUGCGGAAAGGCUGGGUCGACAGCCGAGCAUUGCAUUUGUUCGAGAGUCUCCUUAACAUGGGAGGGGUCUUCUGGUUUACCAACAAUUUAGUGAAGGAGUUGCUGAAGGAGACGCGUAAGGAGUGGGCAGACAGAGUGGUGGAAUUACUCUAUAGCAUAUUCUGCCUCGACACUCAGCAGAUCACGCUCACACUUCUGGGCACCAUUUUGCCUAACCUGCUCACAGACCCUGCUAACUGGAAAAGCUUAGCAGACCCGCCCGGCAAAGCGCUGGCCAAGUUGUCUGUGUGGUGUGCACUUAGCUCCUACUCGUCUCAUCACCGAGGCUCCUUCUCUGUUCAUCAACGCAAAAGACAACGGGAGGAUAUUGAGGACUACAACAGCCUCUUUCCUCUUGAUGACACUCAGCCUUCUAAACUCAUGCGCCUCCUCAGCUCCAACGAAGAUGAGCAUGUAGCUCUCUCCAGUCCAGGUGACCGAUCUAUGAGCAGCUCUCUCUCAGCCUCGCAGCUCCACACUGUCAACAUGAGGGACCCUCUCAACCGAGUCCUGGCAAACCUGUUCCUCCUUAUUUCCUCCAUCCUGAGCUCCAAGACUGUUGGACCCCACACUCAGUUUGUGCAAAGUUUUAUGGAGGAAUGUGUUGAGUGCCUGGAGCAGGGCACACGUGGGAGCAUCCUGCAGUUCAUGCCUUUCACCAUGGUCUCCGACUUGGUGAAGCUUCCCUCCCUGGCUAAUCCUAAAGUGGUCCUGGCCAUCACUGACCUGACUCUGCCUCUGGGACGCAGAAUCGCAGCCAAAGCCAUUUCUGCCUUGUGAUCGUUUAUGUUGAAGGCUUGUUUUGGAGUCACAACAGUUCAAUGCCCAUGAAACGAUCCUGGGCCAGUGUUUUAUUUUUUACUGUCUGUUGGGGGAAAAAAAGUUCAUACUCCUCUGUAAACUCUUUUUAUUCUUUUCCUAUCUUUCAAAGCAAUUUGUCCACGACAAAAGAUGGUCAAUGACAGGUUUUAGGUAAAAGACCACAUGACAGUGAGACAACCACAUGACCUAUUAGAGGAAACUACAUUCCGCUCUGAUGAAAUCUGCCUUUUGCAACACUUUCCAGAGAAACCCGUCUAGUGCUGGCAUACCAUUUCACUUUUAGUUGUGUAUCCCUGUUGUCAUGUGAUGAGUUUUAGGAAUCGUUUCAUUCAGAACUUUGAAAAAAAUACAACUUUAUUUCAAGACCAGUGACAACACAAACUAGCAUCAAGUGUAAAAGGUUCAGUGGCAAUGACUCAAAUCUUCAACAGAAAAUAAAUACAUCUAAUAAAAAAAUGUUAAAAAUCAGUGAUGAGUUGAUUAAAUAAGAUCAUAAAGUUAAACCUGACAUUGAGCCUGUAAUAAAUACAAAUCGAUAUAUGCAUAAAUACACAAGAUCAUCAUCAUUAAACAUGCUCCUCCUACACUAAAACAUCAUCAUCAGAAUGACAGCAUCAGGACUAGGGUCCACUGUCGGAUCAUGGAGGGCCUGGUGCUACUCUUGUAUUGGGAUCUGAACUCAGUCUCCCAGCAAUGGGUUGGACCCAUGUUUUUAGUUGACUGCUUGGUCUUGCACACAAACUCUCAGCAUUGGUGCUCGAUAUAGAAUCUUGUGUUUUCCAAUGACAAGACUGACACUCUGGGUUCAUGGCACUCUCACCAGAAAGAGGAAUUUGAUGGAGGAAAAGGCAAAUACUCCAGCCUAUGAUCCAAGAGAAGAAUGGCAAUUUGAUGUUAGAUCAGCAGACCAGCUGCUCUGAUCAAUGAGCUGCUGCAGUUAGAAUAGUUGCACUAUUUCUAGCCAUCAAAUGACAUUUUAGGUGCUGUGCGCUGAAUAUCGCUUCAAUAAAUAACUGAUGAAUAUCUCUCGUAUGAAUACCAACCGGCAUACACGA